AUGAAAGACGGAGAGUAUGGAAACUGGGCGGAGCUUCCGCCGGAGUUGACGUCGUCGAUACUGCACCGGCUUGGCGCGAUUGAGAUACUGGAAAACGCUCAGAUAGUGUGUACAUCGUGGCGUCGCGUUUGCAAAGACCCUUCCAUGCGUGAUCUCGAAGACUUGACAAGAUUAAGGAGUUGCGAUCUCAAGGUCAUGUGCCUUCACGCAGUUGAUCGCAGCCAGGGAGGUUUGCUUGAGAUCGACAUUGGGCACUCCUGUACUGAUUCUCUCCUCACUUACAUCUCUCAGAGUUCAAGUUAUCUGAGAAGCCUUAAACUUGCAAUGUGCUUUUAUAUAACUGACAAGGGAAUUGUGGAAGCAGUUGCGAAACUUCCAUUGCUUGAGGAACUUGAGGUUUCAUUCUGCUCCAUGUCAGGAGAUUCUUUGAAAGUUGCAGGCCAAUCUUGUCCAAAUCUGAGGAGCCUGAAACUUGCAGUGUGGAGUCAAAUAACAGACAAGGGAUUUGUGGAAGCAGUUGUGAAACUUCCAUUGCUUGAGGAGCUCGAAUUUUCAUACGGCUCAUUGUCAAAAGAGUCUCUAAAAGUUGUAGGCCAAGCUUGUCCAAAUCUGAAGACGUUGAUACUAAAAAAAAUUAGUUACAGGGACUGUGGCAUCGGGUGUGAUGAUGAUGCUUUAGCAAUCGCUGAAACAAUGCACGGACUUCGUCACCUCCAGAUCUUUGGGAAUUAUCUAACCAACACGGGAUUAAACGCCAUUCUUGACAACUGUCCUAACUUGGAAUACCUUGAUUUACGCCGGUGUUUCAACCUUCACCUUGCUGGUGAUUUGGAGAAACGGUGUUCCCAGAGGAUCAAAUAUUUGAGACGACCCAAUGACUCGACUCAUGAUCCAUAG